CUCAGACACACAAGCAGGACCUGGGUGAUACCGGACUUACCCCCGUGGAAGGGAUAUAUCUCUGCUCCACCGGACAGUAGGAAGUGAUUUUAACUGACCGGCGGAGCUCCGACCGAGUCCCCGGGCUUCAGCUACGGAGGCCGCCGCGGGUCCGCUGCUCCCCGCCGCCUGUGUGUCGCUGCCUGCUGCUCACAGUCAUCCAGACCCUGGUAAUGAUAUUGAAAGGAGACACAACAGACACCACAAAACCUGUGUGAGAUUUGAGUGUGAGGAAGGCGAAGGGCUCAGCUGUUGCUGCCGGUAGCCAUGGCUAACAGCUGAGGCUGCUGCCCGGUAAACAUCCCGCUACAGACCCAACUACAAGAACAACUCAGCGGCGGAACAUUGUCUUAUUUUGCGCAAGAACUGUCACCUGCACUCUCGUUUUGAAGAAGCGAUUUAUUCCUGGGGAUUUAUUUGAUUAAGGACAUCUAAAAGUCUGCAUCAGUGCCAUGAAUCAGCCUGGACAACAGCUGCUCCCCACAUAGAGGUCACUUCACCUCUCUUUCCAUUUGCUUUGGUCCAGAGGAUGCUGGGAAUGUGUCGUGGGCGCAGGAAGUUCCUGGCGGCUUCUCUUGCCUUGUUCUUCAUCCCAGCACUCACCUGGCUUUACCUGUCAGUCGGGAGCUUUCAAGUGAAGCCCCUCCCCUUGUCUCCAUUGGAAGCCCAAUCAUCGACGACGGUGGGCGGAGCCGUUGAUCGGCAGGCCUUAGAGCUGCGUGUCCGGGCCGUGGAGGAGGAGAACCGGGCACUGCGCCGGGAGCUGAGCCGCCCCCCCAGGAGCCCGUCUGCACGCCUCCAGAACGCUGGUCACCGUGGCAACCAGAGCCGAACCCAUUCAGAGGAGGGCACCGGCGAAAAUGAGGGGCAGAAAGCUGGUGCAGCGGGAAACAACUCCGACUGUGUGCAGCAGCCAGUGGUGGAUAAGUGCGAGACGAUACACGUGGCCAUCGUGUGUGCAGGUUACAACGCCAGUCGAGAUGUGGUGACGUUGGUUAAAUCCGUCCUCUUCCACAGGCGGAACCCACUACAUUUCCAUUUCAUCACAGACUCCAUAGCUCAGCAGAUCCUGUCCUCUCUGUUCCACACCUGGAUGGUCCCUGCCGUUAGCGUCGACUUCUACGAUGCAGAUGAGCUGAAGUCUGAGGUGUCGUGGAUCCCCAACAAGCAUUACUCUGGGAUCUACGGCCUGAUGAAGCUGGUGCUCACUAAGACGCUGCCGUCCGACCUGCAGAGGGUCAUCGUCCUGGAUACGGACAUCACAUUCGCAACCGACAUCGCCGAGCUCUGGGCCGUCUUUCACAAGUUCAAAGGUCAGCAGGUUCUGGGUCUGGUGGAGAACCAGAGUGACUGGUACCUGGGGAACCUCUGGAAGAACCACCGGCCGUGGCCAGCUCUGGGCCGGGGCUUCAACACUGGGGUGAUUUUGCUUCUGCUGGAUCGUCUGAGGAAGCUGAGAUGGGAGCAGAUGUGGAGGCUGACUGCAGAGAGGGAACUAAUGAGCAUGCUGUCCACCUCCCUGGCAGACCAGGACAUCUUCAACGCUGUGAUCAAACAGAACCCGUUCCUGGUGCACCAGCUGCCCUGCUUCUGGAACGUCCAGCUGUCCGACCACACCCGCUCCGAGAAGUGCUACAAAGACGUGUCGGACCUCAAGGUGAUCCACUGGAAUUCCCCCAAAAAGCUGCGAGUAAAGAACAAGCACGUGGAGUUUUUCCGGAAUCUCUACCUCACCUUUCUGGAGUACGAUGGCAACCUGCUGCGGCGGGAGCUGUUCGGCUGUCCCAGUGAAACAGACCACAACAGCGAGAACCUUCAGAAGACUCUGUCAGAGCUGGACGAAGACGACCCUUGCUACGAGUUUCGUCGAGAGCGAUUCACCGUCCACCGAACGCACCUCUACUUCCUCCACUACGAGCACGAGCCCAGCCCCGACAACACCGACGUCACUCUGGUCGCCCAGCUCUCGAUGGACAGGUACUUUUGGUUGCAGAUGCUGGAGGCCAUCUGUAAGCACUGGGAGGGGCCUAUCAGCCUGGCCCUCUACCUGUCGGACGCUGAGGCCCAGCAGUUCCUGCGCUACGCUCAGGGCUCCGAGGUGCUGAUGAGCCGCGGGAACGUGGGGUACCACAUCGUCUACAAGGAGGGACAGUUCUACCCGGUCAACCUGCUGCGUAACGUGGCCAUGCGGCAUGUCAAUACGCCUUACAUGUUCCUGUCAGACAUCGACUUCCUGCCCAUGUACGGCCUGUACGAGUACCUCAGGAAGUCAGUAGUGCAGCUGGACAUGGCCAACGCCAAGAAAGCUCUGGUGGUUCCCGCCUUUGAGACGCUGCGAUAUCGUCUGUCUUACCCAAAGUCCAAGGCUGAGCUGCUCUCUCAGCUGGACAUGGGCACUCUCUUCACCUUCAGGUACCAUGUGUGGACUAAAGGCCACGCACCAACCAACUUUGCCAAAUGGCGCACAGCCACCACGCCCUACAGGGUGCAGUGGGAGGCGGACUUCGAGCCGUACGUCAUGGUGAGGAGGGACAGCCCGGAGUACGACCGCCGCUUCGUCGGCUUCGGCUGGAACAAGGUGGCUCACAUCAUGGAGCUGGACGCACAGGAGUAUGAGUUUGUGGUUCUGCCCAACGCCUACAUGAUCCACAUGCCUCACGCGCCCAGCUUCGACAUCACCAAGUUCCGCUCCAACAAGCAGUACCGGGUCUGCCUGAAGACCCUGAAGGAGGAGUUCCAGCAGAACAUGUCGCGGCGCUACGGCUUCGCUGCCCUCAAAUACAUGACGGCUGAGAACAACAGCUAGCCACCACUGCAGACCCUCACCCCCCCGGGCCUGAACUAUUGACACAUGGGCCGGGGAGUGGGGGGGGGGGGGCAGGGGGUGGGCACAGGAAACAGACAGGGUUACUUUGAGACUUCCCUCAGACUUUGUUCGAAUGUUUGACCCUCAGUGUGGGACUGCAUGGGUCUUUAUGUUCUCUCUUUGUCCUGUGGAUGGAAGGAGGGGAUUCACUUCUGCCAGGAUGGAGAUGACGGGGGUCCGACUGUGUGAGCCAUGGCCCUUAAAUCUGACAGACAGGAACAUUCGAUGCCUUGUCAUAUUUGUAAGGCCAGUGACAGAGUUGUUGGCUGUGUGUAACAUUAUGUAAGCGUGUGUGCAAAUGUGUGAGUGCGUGUACAUGCAGGUAGACGUUUCUGCAGGACAGUGCUUAGCGAAAAGCUUAAGGAGAGAUGAUGAAGUGAAGCAUUGUGGGCUUACAAUCUGUGCGCACGCCUUCCAAGUGCCAACGAAAAGCAGCAGCAGCUGUCUGACUGACAGCAAACCCCCGACUCAAAUGCAAAUCGUCACCAGGCGGCGAGAUAAGACAAAGCGUUUCCGUGUCCACAUAGAUUUUGAAAAUCUCAUUGUGACGAGUGACACACACUCCGAUAUCGAGGCGAGCAGCCAGCCGCUGCUUAAUUUGUUUCCUAGCUGAUGCAUAUCAGAAUAAAUCCUUCUCCUCGUAUGACAAGGGAAGUUAAGUGCAGAGCUGGAGGUUGAUAUUCAGGGUGUCUCCACAUCAGCGAGCUGCUACAGAAUGUUUCCCCGUGUUCAUUUCCGAUACACAAUCUGACAGCAGCCGGUCGGCGUGGGUUUCUUUUUUAUUUGUGGAUUUUAAAUGGAUGUCGGUGCGGUCUGCACAAACACCUGCUGGAAGGCCUGUCAGUUUGUGACUCCCCAACACACACAGUAUUCAUUUUUAACUUUUCUUUCCAACCAUCAGUGUUAUUUAUCAGUGUGUUUACAGUCCUGACGGGUGGAGCAGGAGGCGUUAUUGUCUUCUGAUCUGAAAGAAAGUUUGAAAAAAAGCUAUUUUUCUCUCACUCUCACUCUUUCUAUCUCACUCUGGCCUCUAGUUUGACGACAUUAUCGUGGCGCCCAGUAACGCUGCAGUGGUGUGUGUUCUCAUGUUUCGUUGUCACACCAUCAGGCUAGAUGUGGUGAUCCUGAUUUGUUGUGGAUAUUCUGUUCAGCUGAUACAACCAAGAAAAGCAUAUCUCUCCCAGAUAAUGAAGACAGACAUUCACUGUAGCAUUAUACUCAUUUUAUAUGAUAAACAUAUCAUAACACUGGUCUUGGGUACAUGCAUUAAGAUGCAUGUUACUAUAUGAUAAGGUCAAUUGAAACUAAAGUUUGAAUGGACUACAGAUAAUCGAGAAAUACGACCUCAAAGAAUGUAAAGUAGGUUAAUAUCAGUGAUAUUAAAUAUAAUGAUAUGGAGGUUAAAAAAGGAUUGAAAAUCACAAAAUGGUUGCAAUAUGUCCCGGUUUUCCAAGAUGCAUUCAAAUCAGAACUGUGUUUACUCCAAUCCACAGGGUGGUGCUAAUCAGACCCGGCGCCAGAACACAUCUACAGAGAGGGCAUCUGAUUUUCAUGGCAGGGCACACAAAACCGCGGCCAGUGUCGACGCCAGAGAUUUUCUUUUGGGGGUGCUGUGGGGUAGCUUGACGUUUCAUAGAGGGUGCUCAAACAUUUAGGGUUUCCCAUUAAUGUCCCGGGUGCUACAGUGGAAUGUUCUUCUGCAACACUCCCCACAUGCACAUACACAGUACACCCGCGACUGUUACAAUGAAGGCUCGAUAAUCAGCUCACGGCAUAUAGGUGUAAGCAGGGGUAAAGUGCUAUUUCUUUUAAGUGGGGGGCGUACCUAACCUCCUCUAGGGGGGUCCUGGCCCUCCCACGGUGCCGGGUCUGGUGUUAAUACACAUGAAGCUCUAUUGAAACACCAGAAGAAGAAGAGAAACGUCUGAAGUUUAGUUACACCAAACAUAUUAGUCAUUAUUAAACACUAACUAACCAACGUCAACGAAGAGUUGCAUUGUAUACCCUGUACGGGCUCUCUCACACUUUACCACACAGAUCAUUUUUUGGUUAAACUGAUCAGGGAUCAGAUAACCACUGCAACAGGUCACUCUCUAUAACCAUGUGUGUAGACAUCGAUGGAGCUGGUUCCUUCCUUUCACUUUCAUGUGCUUGGAGGAAAACUGAUCAUUUAAAUGUAACCUCAGCUGCCAUUCUCACUGAGAGGAUUACAAAUAAGUAAUUCAUGUAGACUGAUAGUAGAGUAUUUACACCUUUUCAAAAAAGGACUAGUAUGCGUCUCAAAAAGGUGAUUUCCAUUCACUUCAGUCACGCAUCUCCUGCCACCAUCUCAGGCUCGAUACAUACAUUUAAUACAAGAAAGAAAUCACACAGAUGAUGUAAUACAAAGGAACUAUGAGGAUUACCCUGUGGCUUUUAACGAUUGUUUUGUCAAAGUGCUAUUUCCAAGGUCUAAAAUAAGCUCUUAGUCUCAGCAGGAGCUCGCAUGUCAACACAAUGUGUGUUGUGAUGGAAAAAGUGGACUUUGAGUUGGAAUUGAAUUUUCUAUUUGAUUACAGGUUAAGGCAAUUGGUUGUUCAUUCCAGCUGCUGGGAAAUUGUAGUACGUUUAAUACAAUACUUGAGAAACACACAUAUUUGUCGGAGACAUUUCCUUAUUUUUAAGAUUGUACCAUCGUUAAACUAGAGGCCUGUUUUUCUCUCUCCGUCUCUCUCUCUGUGUGUGUGUGUGUGUGUGUGUGUGUGUGUGUGUGUGUG